AUGAAUUCGCCUUCGUCGAUCUUGCUAGGACACCGUAUCAAGGAGCUCGUAGUGCAAUUCGCAUCCGUAGACAAACUCGCCGAAUCCUUCUACCGUUUCCUUAAGAAGUCCUUCUCCUCCUACGAAGACCUCCACAGCGCCUCCGAAGCGUACAGCAACACCACCGUCUUCCUCAACGCCACGAUCAAAGGCGCAGAAGAUCUGCGAAGCGAGCUGGAAAGCAUUGUCCGCGACAUAGACGACGUCCAUUUUGGGGCGGUCUCUGAGCGCAAUGAGCACCGUCCACACAGCUCGGAAAGCUACUACGAAAAGAAUGCUACAGAUCGCACACCGCAAACUGCCUACGACAGAAGCACUCUCACGCCCAUCGUCCAGACCCUGCGAUCCCUCACGCGCUUCUGCUACGAAGUCUCCGCCACCCUGAAGCGUUUCGAGGCGUCCGUCAGAUGUCAACUAGAGUGUCCCAACGAAGCUACACUGGAAACCGGGGCCAGUGCCAUUUGCGAACGACUUGCCGGCGAGGUAGAGAAGAACAGGAUGCGUCUCGAGAAGAUGCUCAUGCUACUACGGAGUUAUGCCAUUGAAGCGGAGAUCCUGACACCGCCUUAUCCAGCGGGCUGGACCGUGGUCACUGAUGGGAACGAGCUUGAGGCUCUUAAGUCGGAGAACGCGGAGCUCAGAGCUCGACUUGCAGAGGCAGGGAGCUGGCAGUCUGAUGGCCCGGGCUCGGAGGACGGUCAAGAAGAACUGUUUCGGACGGGCUCACCGCAGGGGAAUGGGGAUUCCGGUGACAGGUCCGCCUUCAGGGCUUGGCUGCGUUCUAUAAACUAA